GGCCCUGUCAGCUCAGAUCCUCCCAUCAUCUCUGACAGAUAGAUAGCAGGAAAAGAAAGUAUCAGCACUGUCCCUUUGCCACCAGUCAAGAUACAAACACGCGUACACACGCACACUGGCGACCAGACACAAUGAUCCCGCUGACACUGGCAUUGUUGAUAGGAUCAUUGCCCACUUCAGUUCUAGGUCAAUCCCAAGGUCCUAGCCCAAGCCUGCUACAAGAAAGCGUCAAAGUUCAAUACCCUAAAAUCUUCAGCACAGAGAUUAUUGAGUGUGACUGCCUUAAUUUCUCCUGUGACUACGUCUACUGGUUCCACAGUAAUCCCGAUCAACAGAAAGUACAGUUCAUUGGCUACUGCAACAGCGCCAACCGUGAUAGCUAUGGUAUUGGUGUGGACGAAAAACGGUUCAAGAUAACCAAGAAGAGCAGUAUGUCCUUUACACUCCGCAUCAACAACUUAACUGAGGAGGACACAGGGAUUUAUUCUUGUGUUCUGAAGGGCAGGAAAAACAUGGAAGUGUGGAAGUCUGGCGUUCUUCUUCUGCCAGGCGUCAUGCUUCCAACUGUACCUGUCAAGACAAAGCCCAAACCAACAGUCAGAUCAGUGUGUCGCUGCUCUGAGAGGAAGUCUUCACAGGAUGGCUGCGGCUCCCUGAUUCUUUGGCCAUUGGUUGGAAUUAUUGCAUCCCUAGCUCUAGCUCUUAUCUUCAUACUGUACUACUUCAGCCGGCUACCCAAAAAAUGUCGGCACCACUUUGUGAAGAAAAGGUAGAUGACCCAAAGCUCCGCAGAUUCAACUUGUGUUUGCCUCCACAGGGGGUGAAGUGCUUCUCUUGAGCCGUCAUUCAGCGGGGCACGAAGAACAUGAAGACGUGUCAUUAUUUACAGUGAAAUGUUUCUCUCUAUCGAAGAACAGUUUAGGAUUUCAACAGAAAUAACCUUGUAACGUGUUGUGAUAUUCUUAACAUGUUUGUUUCAUGUCUUGCAAGACAGCCUUUGAACUCCAUCAGCUUCAAUUCUGUGUGCUUUAACUUUUCAUCUUGUUUCAAAUCAUCAAUAAUCAUUAUCCCUAUGACAUCAGCAUUCAUGGGACUGUUUUCUGAUUUAAAAGGUUUCCGAGUAGCUUUGGGUUUAGAGUAUUGUUCAAUUUCCUUUUUGCCCCGCUCUGUAUUUAUUUUUCUUCAUGGUUGUGCUUUUCCAUCUAUCUUGAUGAAAACAGCUCUUUUCAAGUUGAUGUUUAUGUGAGCAUAUUUUUUUACGUCAAUAAAAGUCUAUUUUUAAAACUUUUGAA